GUAUUAUGCCUGACGCAACGCUACAGCCAGAACGGAGACACGGCAUUUAAUCAGUGGUGGGCGGAAUUUAUGCGCAUAUAGCCGGCCUUGCUAUAAAUCAUGUCCGUUGGCCUGCACCACUCCCGACGUCACCACCCACCCACUCCCCCGACUAUGCCCGUGUUGUCUCAGCUAUCCUCGUGAGCCUCGUCAAUCCUCAAAGCCCCGCACCCGACAUCGGCGACGAAACGCGUUUCAGUCUUUCAGAACAUCCCAUAUGCACAUCCCAGAGUCGUCCCAGUCGUACGGACUUAGAGACCUUUCCGCCUGAAGAAGUACAAGGCAUGAAUUUCCUGCGAACAUCCCGUGAUCAAGUCUCCCACGCUCCCUCACGGAUCCGCUUGCGCGGUGGGACUGUUGUAACUAGCGACGACGAUGGGCGGAACGUCAACCCCGUACGGGGUUCCUUCUCUCAUUCAUUAUCCUUGCUUGCGGUCUUCGAGAACGUCUAUGACCGUCUGUCGGGCAAAGCAUGCGGCGGUCGUUGGCUGCGGCGCACACUCUCAGUGCUCAGUUUCCAAGUCUUGGAAGGCUCGGCCGACAGUUUAAACGACAUGCGCUGCCGAUCCUGUUUCGACUUGCAUCCGCCUCUCCUGUCUCCUCUGCGUCAUACUCGUGAAUUCACGGUGAUCGAACGCUUCCGAAUUCGCUACUGCAUUAGGACUAGGCGAUCACAAUUCGACCGGUCAGCAGACCUCCACCUUCCGAGCGUUCUCAGGCCAGCUGCCCAAUUCUCUACUGUACUCGCAUUUCCUGCCCUCUUCCUUCCCAUCUGUCGGUACAAACCGGGCGUCGAGGAGUCGUCAACCGUGAGACGAUAAAGCCAGCCGCUUCUCGCCCUUGAGCUCUGUUGCACACAACGUCGACGAGGUCGACCCAGUUUGAUCCUGCAUUGAUAUCCCUGAUCGCCCGCAGCUAUGGCUAGUACAUCGCCCGAAGUCACGCAGGCUCCCAAGGAGCUCGCCCAACGCACUGUGAUGAAGAAGCCGUACCCGUUCUGGCUAGGAGGGUUGGCGGCUACGAUUGCUGCAUCUAUCACUCACCCGCUUGACUUGACGAAGGUGCGCUUGCAGGCUACGGGUGACAAGAAGAUGAUUGCGUCGAUAAGGAAGACUGUUGCUACCGCUGGUUACCGGGGUCUAUUUGACGGUAUCUCCGGAACGUGGUUGCGGCAGAUGACCUACUCUGUUUGUCGCUUCUGGGCCUACGACCAGUCGAAGAAGAUGCUAGGUGCUGGGCCCAACUCGCCACCGUGGAAGCUCGCUGCUGCUGGCGUCAUGGCUGGUUCUAUUGCUGGAGUGGUUGGCAACCCAGGAGAGAUCAUCAUGGUCCGCAUGCAAGGCGACAUGGCUAAGCCUCCAGAAAAGCGGCUGAACUACAAGCACUGUCUGGACGCGCUUGCGCGCAUGAUCCGCGAGGAGGGGCCGUCGAGCAUGCUGCGCGGCGUCGGCCCCAACGUCAUCCGUGCGGUGCUCAUGAACUCGAGCCAGCUCGCGUCGUAUGACUUCUUCAAGGCCGAGCUCCUCAAGACUUCCUACUUCGACGACAACAUCUUCUGUCACACCGCUGCGAGCUUCGCUGCUGGUACCGUUGCGACGACCGUCUGCUCGCCUGCCGACGUCCUGAAGAGCCGUAUCAUGAGCGCUUCAGGUUCUGAGAGCAGGUCCACGAUGGAACUCAUCAGGCGGUCGAUGAAGACUGAGGGCCCGAUGUUCAUGCUCAAGGGCUGGGUUCCCGCGUGGAUGCGUCUACAGCCGACGACCAUGCUUAUCUUCAUCACCUUCGAACAGCUCAAAAACUUCGUUGACUGGACUCGCAAGCCCCGCGAAGACGAAUAAGGAGUCUGUGCACUUUCUCUGUACGGGUUAGUACGGACCAGCAUCGGGUGUUUUGCUCGGGCUGUCCAGGGACUCUCAGUUCUGGAAUUCACAUCAGUGGGUUUCUCCGUUACUCAGAUGUUUCUCGACGAUUGUUGCUGUUCUUGAUAUCGCUGUUGUAGGAGUAAUGUACAUUCAAUGCAGGUGUAUCCUUAUGUCCCGGCUG